AUGUUGUGCGAGAAAAAUCUCACUUACGCACCUCAAGGGCUGGCUGGAUGCAAAGUUUGUCCUGCGGAGAAGUGGGAAGAAUGCAAGACGGGAAAUGGGGGUAUUGACGCUACCGAGCUCCUCUUUGGGACGCCGGAAGGCGUGGCGUGGAAGGACGUUCAAAAGGUGAAGGAACCGAACGUCCCUAAAGUUCUGGCUAUCCCCGAAGAAAAUUUCCCAUUUACCGACCAAAAAUUUGUCGUUGGUUGCGUGAACCAAGCGGGCCACACGACGAAGUGCCAGGUAGGGGUCACCAUCGCAGCCAGACCAACGAAAAAGCACGAGCAAACUGUCAGAUGCGCCUACGGCCAAGCCAGCAACCAAUCACAUCAACAGAUCACAAUAACGCCCUCACACAACGCCUUCACGCUCACCUGUGGCGAUCAAGGAGAAGUCCUUCCCACGCUGCACACGCAGACCUACUGCAUCAUCGGCGAAAAAACAGACGCAGAAGCGAAGUGCUCGGGCAGCUACGCUGAUGUCCUGCCCGGCUACGAAGAGACGUGGUGGAAGGCUGGAAACAGCAAGAACUCGUUUACACUAACAAUUCCAACCGACAAGUUUCCGAAGGAGAGUGCGACGAUCAUGGUGGGCUGCGGGAAGGCCACGACAUCGACAGCAGAGCGCAGUGAGCCUGAGUCUGCGCUGAGUCCCAGUGUUUGCAGCGUUGACGUGACCAUUGAGGGCACGGGAGAGGUCAGUUCAUCUUUGGCCUUUUCGACAAGAAUAACGAGUGCGGUUGCUAAAGUCUUGGGAGCCAGUAUCAUAUCUACCCCAAUGAUUCACGGCUGGUGA